AUUAAAAAGAAAAAAUCUUUUUUGUCCCAAGACAACAGACUCCAAGCAAGGAUAUCAGACCUGCUGACGAUUAUGACUCACCAUGGGAAAGCAAAUCCUUCCUAGGAAUGAAACAAACAUCUCCUAACUUACCACAAGAAAAAUCACAAGCUCCAGUCAGCGACACAAGACCAGCUGAUGACUACGAUAAGCCAUGGGAAUGGAACAAAAAGACACAUUUGAAUGGUCACACACAACCACUUAAACAGCGUGAGCCCCUCCAGUCACCUAAAGCUGAUGAACGACCAGCUGAUGAUUAUGACGCACCAUGGGAGUGGUCCAAGUCUGGCCAAGCUGCAUCUAUGAUGAAAGAAAAGGAGGCAGCUCCCCCACCCAAACCACCAAGAGUAUUUGCAGAAGGUGAAUCACCUGUUGACCCAAGUUUGCCCCUGGAACAGCAAGGUUGGUAUCACGGGCCUAUCAAGAGACUGGAAGCAGAGAAACUUUUACAGACUGCCGUGGACUGCAGCUUCUUGUUGCGAAACAGUGAGAGUAGUAAAAAUGACUUCUCUCUGUCUGUAAGAAAUAACAACACUUUCAUGCAUUUGAAAAUUGUGUCAAAGGGCAACAAAUAUAUCUUGGGACAAUUUAGCAAACCAUUUGAUACAGUACCAGAAAUGAUUCACUAUUACUCUGUGAACAAACUCAACAUCCGCGGAGCUGAGCACAAAAAACUUUUACACCCAGUGGUUCAAGCACCGGAGUAUUUUACACUAGAGGCUCCCGGAUAUUCUACAGCGAUGUGAGAAUUAGAAUUUGCCAGAUUCCUGGUGGAAUUCAAGAAGGUUUUGCCUGAUUUCGUUGUCAAUGCAACAAUGGGUAUUUCACUGUUGAAUUGAACAGUAAAAUGGAGAAGAGAAAAUCCUGAUUUGCCAUCAUGGUAGGAACUACAGUGACUGUAAUUCAAGACUUCUGAGAUAAAAUAGUAGAAUUAUAAAUAAUUGUAAUAAAUUAAGUUUUAAUUAAUUCCGUAAUUGAAACACCUUGUAUGUUCAAGGGAAUUGUAUUUUUAUCAGAACAGAACAUCCUUAUUAUCAAACGUUGUGUCAAAUGAGACAUAAAUUAUAAUAGUACAGGGAAAUGUACAUGUACCUUGUGUACAGUAGGAAUCACAACCCUUAUGAGUGUUUUUUGACAUUUCCCAAGCUUUUUCUUUUUUUAGAUCAUCAGAGUUUUUCUUGGACAAGACUUGUAGUGUAUGCUACAAGUCAUGUACAUGUAGGUGCACCGCUUUGGUUUCCAUGUAUGCUUUUUAAUAUCAAUCUAUUGGGAAAGUGGCGAAGUACUUUGUGGAAUUACUGAUGGUGAUGUAUUGGUUGUGCUUACAGUGAGUAAACUGUGUUACAGAAUAAAAAAUUCGAAAAUUGUACUUGGUAUAUGAAUACGUUUAGAAGAAUACAUGAAGGAAGCUCUCAUUAGAAACUGUGGUACCCCAGCAGUACAUGUAAUUAGUAUUGAGGAAAUGAAUAUCGCUUGCCAAUUCACUAAUAAAUAUGAUUUAAGGUAGGAGGUUGAUAAAACAUGAUGUUGUAUAGUAGGUUUGUAAUUUACAGUUCUCUAAAGUCAUUUUAAUUUUGUAAUUUACAUUUACUUAGAAAUGAAAGUGUUUCAACUUAGUUUAGUAGUGUAUGUAGUUGUCACUCUGGCUUAAAUACAGUAAAAACAAGGACUACACUGUACAAUUUGAAGUGGAUUUGGUAAUUUAUUACUCUUCCAUAGAAUCUAGAACCAAUGUUUCGAGGUUUAAUCUAGAAUUUUUACGUGAUAAAAAAUCUGCAAUCUAAAUAGCUAUUACAUGUACAUGAAUCCAGUACUUAGGAACCAGAAUCUGGACUGCUAAAAUCUGGCAUGAAAGACUCCUCAUUCAGUUUACUAUAAAUCUGCCGUUACAUGCACCAGGAAUAAACAUAAUUUAUAUUUCAGACAAUUCCAAUUCCAAUUUUUUUAUUUGUGUCUUAGGUUUCUUAUUUUACUUGGUUUUGUUCUAAAAUUAAGUUUCUAUGCAAGAUUUUAGUCCAAUUAAAUAACAGGUCUAUAUAGUAAAACUGACAAACAUAGACCAAUAAAACUGACAAAUAUAUUAUGAAAGCUGUAAGAAUAAAGCUUGAGUGAAUCUUGCCCUGA